UUUCCCUAGAAGUAACAAAAUGGGUCGUCGUCCUGCUCGUUGCUACCGUUACUGCAAGAACAAGCCUUACAUUAAGUCUCGUUUCUGCCGUGGAGUGCCUGAUGCCAAGAUUCGUAUUUUCGAUAUUGGUGACAAGUCUGCUUCCGUGGACACCUAUCCUUUCGUCUGCCACAUGCUCUCUGACGAGCGUGAGCAGCUGUCCUCUGAGGCUCUGGAAGCCGCUCGUAUUGCUGCCAACAAGUACUUGGUGAAGUACGGAGGCAAGGAUACCUUCCACAUGCGUGUGCGUGCUCAUCCUUACCACGUCACUCGUAUCAACAAGAUGCUUUCCUGCGCCGGUGCCGAUCGUCUGCAGACCGGUAUGCGUCACGCUUUCGGUAAGCCCAACGGUCUGGUCGCUCGCGUGCGCAUUGGCCAGCCUCUGAUCUCCAUCCGUACCAAGGAUGACAAGAAGGAGGUCGCCAUCGAGGCUCUGCGUCGUGCCAAGAUGAAGUUCCCCGGCCGCCAAAAGAUCGUGGUGUCGAAGAAGUGGGGAUUCACCAAGUGGACGCGCGAGGAGUACGCUGAGAUGAGACAGAGCGGAAAGCUGCUGGCCACUGGAAACAUCGCUUUCUAUGUGUCCGAUCACGGAAAGCUGUAAGGAGGUGAGGACCAGGGA